CGUUGUACAAACACGCUGGUAGGCGGUCAACAAACCUACCGUCGACUCUCAUUGCAAUAUCGCGCAAUCUGCACGCAAGGGACUCGGAGACUAGCAACAAUUAUAUUCUACUGCUUGGCACAUGUCAGAUUUCAGCCGUGGCCUCAAGUUUAUUCGUCUGGCAACUUCUUUGUAUGUUGCGAUCGCGGUCCUAUAUACAGCAAAUCACAUCCUGUCUCCACUACGGACAUUUGCGAGGUCGUACAUGGCCUCCUACGAUACAGCUGUUAUCCAAGUUUAUCAAUAUGCCGAGGUCACUGGCAAAACUUCUCAGGAAAUGAUACUUUGGCCUGCAUCCUCGUUAGCCGAACAUACAACUGCCAGGACACCAGACGGGAUUCCAAUGAGCGAAGAUCUUUUCCUGUCCAAAGCAUUCUCGCAGUCUCUGCACCCUCUCAAAGUGGUUCCCUACUACUACAGGGCUUCAGGGACAUUCGAACAGAACGAUAUUACCGUUACUACUCUCGUCACAUUUAAUCGAUUCAAGGUCUUUUCCGAGCUUGUGACACACUACCAAGGUCCGAUUUCUGCAACUGUCCAUGUCAAACCUAGUGCAAUACACGCCCUUCUGGAUGCUUUGCAUGACCUAUAUGCGUCAACGCCCACGAUGUCAACCUACGUCGACAUACACCUCGUUCUCACGCCCUUUGACCGUCAAUUGAAUACUUGGCGGAAUGCUGCGCGUCUCUUUGCCCGUACCGAAUUUAUCAUGAUGCUUGACGUCGACUUUGCCAUUUGCACCAACUUCCGUUCUGCCAUCAGGGCUAGUCUAGAUGCUAAAAUUGGCCGAAUUCUCAAGGAGGGACAUGCUGCUCUUGUGGUGCCUGCGUUCGAAUAUAUCAAACAGCAAGAUGGCCUGGACCAGAAAUAUUUUCCUCGCGAUAAGCAGGCAUUGCUUUCGCUGGUCAAAGCGAAAAAGAUCGAUAUGUUCCAUCGCACUUGGGCUCCUGGUCACAACAGCACCGAUUAUCCGCGAUUCUAUUCCGCCGCCCCUGGUGAAGUUUAUAAGGUCACGCAGUACCACCCCGCAUACGAGCCUUACGUGAUCUUCAGGAAGGAAGGGCCACCAUGGUGCGAUGAACGCUUUGUUGGAUAUGGAGGGAAUAAGGCCGCUUGUCUCUACGAGAUGUACCUCUCCGGCAUGUCGUUUUAUGUCCUUGCAGAUCACUUCCUCGUACACCAGAGUCACCCAUACGAGGAGGAAGCGCGAAAACUUGAGCGUAAGAGUAACCGUAAGAUAUACCAGGACUUCAAGGAAGAAGUUUGUCUCCGGUACUUGAAGCGCCACUACGAUUCUGGGACGCUUAACACUAGCCAUGGAUACAACGUUCAAGAGGAAUGCAAGAAAAUCAGAGGCGUGUCGAAAAUUGCUGCUCUGAUGAUAGAGGGUAGAUUUUAGUAGGCAUGUUAGUAACUGGGCGGCCUUCUGCUUGUACCAAACGAGGUUGAAACCUUACUGACGAAAAUGGCGUUAAAAGCGAUAGUCUGAUAUGAAUGUGAUGGAUGUGCCCAAAUUUAUU